UCACGAUGAGAUAAGCUUAUCCCAACCAAUCGGGAGAUCCUAAACGGGUGAAUACCAUAUCUCACCUUACAAAUCAAUUUCCACGUGGCAUCCUAUGUUCCAUGCAACUAAAUCAAAACGACCCUCUGUUUCUUCAUCUUCAUUCAUCCGUCACAAUAUCCGUAGAAGCUUCUGUUUUUUUGGGAUCAAUGGCGUCUCUUGCAACCUUCACACCCACCACCAUUAAGGGACUCGCUGGCAGUUCCAUCGCCGGAACCAAGCUUAAUCUCAAGUCUUCUCGCCAGAGUUUUAAACCCACAUCUUACAGAGCUGGAGCUGUGGUGGCUAAAUACGGUGACAAGAGUGUCUACUUUGAUUUGGAAGAUUUGGGCAACACAACUGGUGAAUGGGAUGUGUAUGGUUCUGAUGCUCCUUCACCUUACAACCCCCUCCAGAGCAAGUUCUUUGAGACAUUUGCUGCACCUUUUACCAAGAGAGGAUUGCUACUCAAGUUCUUGAUACUAGGAGGUGGUUCAACACUUGCUUACUUCAGUGCCACCGCCACAGGAGACGUUUUACCGAUCGUGAAGGGCCCACAACAGAAGCCGAAGCUUGGUCCCCGUGGCAAAAUCUAAAUGAUCAACAACUUAUAAGAAAGUGAUAAACAAUCUAGUAUGUGUUGAAUGUAUAUUUACUACAACUUGUAAGUAUGUUUGGUUAUACUCCCUUGACUUGUUUCAAUUUUUAAGUAUGGAUAAUGGUUGAUACUUUUUUCAACU